AUGAAAACUGGGCAGGAAUGUCUGGGCUACGGCAAGCUGUUCAUCUGGAACCAGGGUGUGGCCAGUAGGGGCAAGAUGAUGGGCAAGACCUAUGCAAUGCCAGAUCACCGGCCACUUACCACGACGAUCGAAGGAGAAGGAAAUAGUAGGGCUUGGACUUUCUCAUGUGAUCGAAAGCCCAGAAUUCUCAACCCUAAUGAUCUCUGGGCACCGCUGUAUAUGUCUCCGGUUGACCCACUUUUCCAAGACAUGAAUAAUCCCUCUAGACGUUACCUAUGCCAUUUUGCUACGAUUCUCUGCGAAGACCUUGUGAUAUCUGAUGUUCCCAACGAAAACCCAUUCCGCAGCCUGAUUCCCACCUGUAGGGACCAUCCUAUCUUGCUCCAAAUCAUAGUUGCCAAUGCUGCGAUGCAUAUCUCGAGCAUGGGCCGUCCACGCUUUGACCUACACAAUGGCAGCGUACAAGGAUCACUCUUAGAUGGUACGCCCGUGAAUACCGUGAGUCUUACAAGAUAUUCGACAGACUCCCCGGCCGGUGCAACCCUAGAUGCCCUGUCAGCAAAGCACAAAGCAAUCCACCUUCUCACGGCAGCUUUAGAGAAUUUACCAUCCACAGAUGUCGACCUCAUAGUGACAGUUAUACUCCUCUUUAUCAACCUGGAGCUCAUCGACUCCGGCAAAAAUGCAUGGAGAGCGCAUGUUGAAGGCGCAAUAGCACUGAUCAUCUCUCUCAAGCCGUUCCAGAAAGACCAAAUAUCUCCAAUAGCAUUAAUUCGCGAUCGCAUCACCUCUGAUUGCUUAACGUAUCAUGUCCUGGGCUCAACCCUCACAAACUCCCCCACCUUCUUGGAUCCAUUCGCUCUUCCCAUCGAUAUCCUCAGACGAUCCGAAGCAAACAGCUAUCUGUCCUUCCCAACAACCCUCCUGCAGAUCCUCUUCCGCGCAUGUGAACUAUCUAAUAUGGCCUUGACUCUUCCUGCCAGCGAAACCCCUGCUCUAAUCAACGAAGCGUCUUCCUUACUAAGUGCCGCGCAAUCCUUCAAUGUGACCGCCUGGGCCAACACCGUCGAAGGCGCCCCGACACACCGGACCCCAAACCGCAUCCACACAGCCCUUGCCCACCAAAAUGCAGUAUGCAUCUACAUAUACCGAAGUAUCACCCAUCCUCCCCCCGAUAUGAACUCAGAUGCCCUAGUUACGGAGAUAAUCUAUCACCUCUCAUUCAUCGAUCCCAAGGAUCCUCUGUCGAAAGCCACCUCGUGGCCGACUUUCAUUGCGGGCGCGGAGACUGAUAAUCCCGUCUAUCGGCAGUGGGCUCUAGAUCGUUUAAGUUUAUUAUGGAAUGUUCUACCGUGGGGGUAUGUGCAAACUGCAGUGGAGGUUAUGCAGAUGGCUUGGAGAUUGAGGGAUAAGUCUGGCCCUGAUUCUACGGGAGUAGGUGGUUGGGUUCAGCAGUUGAAGGUGUCGGGGAAUCAUUGGUUGAUUGCCUGA